CUUCAUGUUGUGAAUUUCCGUCGUCUCCUCAAGAUCGCCUCCAACACGAACCCUAGCCGUGAUUCUGCCUGGAGCAGACGACCCAAGUUUGCGUGGACCCUUUGCGCCAUCCUCCGCUCCUACUUUAAAGCCCCUCACCACGGAGCUGCUCCUUCCUCCGACAACCUCUCCCUCCGACACAAAAUUUGCCAUCCGCUAUUUUGUCUCUUCCCCUCCGACCACCGCUCACCCUUCCGUUACUACAAUCUUGCCGCUGCACCCUCAACAUUACCUUUCGCCCCCGCUUGAUUUCGAUAUCAAACAAUCAUAAUGGCCGCUGUUGCAGAGAACGGCCACGCGCCCGUGGCUGAUGAGAACGCCGCCCCCGUUGCUGCCGCCGUUGAACAGAAGGAACAGACCGAGAAGACGAAUGGAGACUCCGUCACAGUAUUCCACGACGCUGAAAACUUCAACGUGAAGCAUCCCUUGAUGCACGAGUGGACUCUUUGGUUUACCAAGCCUCCCAGCGGCAAGGGCGACAACUGGAACGAUUUGCUCAAGGAGGUCGUGACAUUCAACUCCGUUGAAGAGUUCUGGGGAAUCUACAACAACAUCUCGCCCACAUCGGAGUUGGGCCUCAAAGCAGACUACCACCUUUUCAAGAAGGGUGUCCGCCCUGAAUGGGAAGACCCACAAAACAAGCACGGAGGCAAAUGGUCAUAUUCGUUCAAGGACAAGCGCUCUGUGCCGAUCGACGAUCUGUGGUUGCACGCUCAACUUGCGGCCAUUGGCGAGACUCUUGAAAACGAUGGUGACCACGAAGUUAUGGGUGUCGUUGUGAAUGUCCGCAAGGGUUUCUACCGUGUCGGUUUGUGGACGCGGACUGUUGGCAAGAGCAUCUCCGGAGACAAGACCAACCGUACACCUGCACAAGGCAAGGAAAUCCUCGAAUCCAUUGGUCGGCGUUUUAAGGAAGUCCUUCGUCUCAAGGAGGCUGAUGCUGUUGAGUUCUCGGGUCACACGGACAGUGCACACAGUGGCAGUACGAGAGCCAAGGCUAAGUACACCGUCUAAAGCACAAAACUUGCUAUGCGCGUUCCAUUUACGAGGUAUUCAUUGCGGAUUUGCUUCUUUGCUACGGAAUAAUGGAAAGGCUUUGUGAUGAUGGGUGGUAACGAAUGAGAAAGGGCUCGAGUUCGACUUGCUGGCAUUUGCAGUCAUCGUGAUGAGCAUGUAUCUUUUCCUCAGUACGUAUUUCUGACGAGGUUUAUACCAUAUUUCAUCGAGUUAUAGUUUUACGCCCUUAGCGGGCCGAAAAAAAGCGAAAAACUGUCAAACAUCUUCCGUCACUCCAUGUCUAGAUAUGUGUCAUGUCGUUUAUUGCGUUCCCUCUGACUCUGCCUCUUGCGGUGGCUAUGGUCAUACAUCUGGGGUGUUCCCCGGCGGGC